AUGACAGGUGCCCAGUCAGUGUCUUUCAGUGUGUCCAUAUUGAAAAGGUCACAUUUUUCUGGAGACCUCAACUGCCUUCCAAGGAUGCUCGCUUCCCCAUCCUUCGUCAACAUCUCCUUCUUCCAGCCACCUGCUUUCCUGCUGAUGGGCAUCCCAGGGAUGGAGGCCGCCCAUGGCUGGAUCUCCAUCCCCUUCUCCUCCAAGUGCACUGUGGCCCUCACUGGAAACGGCCUGAUCCUCUUGGCCGUGAGGAGGACCCCCAGCCUGCGCCAGCCCAUGUACUACUUCCUGUCCAUGCUGGCCCUCACCGAUGUGGGCCUCACCCUGUCCACCAUGCCCACCACCCUGGCUGUGCUCUGGUUUGACCAUCGGCUCAUUGGCUUCAAGGCCUGCCUGGUGCAGAUGUUCUUCCUCCACUCCUUCUCUGUGGUGGAGUCCUCGGUGCUCCUGGCCAUGUCGUUUGACCGCGUUGUGGCCAUCUCCAACCCCCUGCGCUAUGCAGCUGUCCUCACAAACAACGUCAUCAUCGGGAUUGGGCUGGCCGUUGUGACUCGAGCCACUGUGUCCCUCUUCCCAGUGCCCUUCUUACUGAAGCGACUGAACUUUUGCCCUGGCAAGAUCCUCCUGUCCCACUCAUUCUGUUUCCAUGCAGAUGUCAUGAAACAGGCCUGUGCUGACAUUACAGUCAACAUCCUCUAUGGGCUCUAUGUAGUUCUGUCCACGGUGGGUGUAGACUCCUUGCUUAUCGUGCUGUCCUACACGCUCAUCCUGCACACGGUCAUGGGGCUGGCCUCUCCCAGGGAGCGCAUCCGGGCCCUCAACACCUGUGUCUGUCAUGUUUUGGCCAUUCUGGUCUUCUACAUCCCAGUCAUAGGUGUGUCCAUGAUCCACCGUUUUGGGAGGCACCUGCCCCAUAUGGUACAUGUUCUUGUUGCCUACGUGUACCUGGUGGUGCCCCCUGUGCUCAACCCCAUCAUCUACAGUGUCAAAUCCAAGCCCAUCAGGGAAGCCAUGCUCAGGGUCCUCAGGGGGAGAGGCCAGAGCUGAUGAUGCAGGAUGCUGCAGGAACAGGGCCCUGAAAAGAAGUUGGUAAACCAAAAAUUCAACUCCUGGAUAGAUUAAGUCACACCCAUACUUUGUUUUGGGCAUCUGGAAGAGUGGAAAAAAAAUACU